UAUAUAUAUAGUGCACCCAAAGCUGAUGAGUUCGCAUCAUGUGGGGUGAUGAGUGAUGGCUUGGUCGUCGGCACAUACCUGGCUGAGCAGGUGGCUACAACCAGCUAUGCGUUGCUAGCAGCCACUCAAGCAGAUGCAGCCAAGAGAAUUGCCAGAAUUGCCAACUCUAACGGGUUACGCAAGCGCAGACUGAGAGACGGCCGCAACUUCAAGAAUGUGUUGGAGCUACCCGCAUUGGCAAGUCUGGAUCCGUUGCUCUCUGGCAAUACGGAGUCAGUCAAAGAAGCGCAGGUGGCACAUUUCGAGGAGCAGCGGCGUCAGCGUCUUCAGAAUAUUGAGAUCUCAUCAACUCGUUUGUCGCAGGGCAGGAGUACGUGGGGUGCAGAUCGCGAGGUGAAGCAACGCAACUCUCAGGCCAUCGCCAGUCUGACGGCACCUUUGCCUUGGUUUCGCCCUGAUGAGAAGGAUCCAGAAAGCGAGAAGAGCCCAAAGAGUCCGAAGAGUCCCAGGAAGAAAAGAGGCAUGUACGCAACUGCAACGGACCGCUGGGAUUUGUUUGACAAGAGCCUGAGGGGCACAGGUGUCGAGCGGUCCCCCAAAAGUCGCUCACCGCGACGGGUGGAACUCGAUGACCACGAUCUCUUCAAGCUGAGCUUGGCUGAACAACCUCUCCUUCCAGAGGAUCCAGUUGAGGCCUAUUUCCAGAGUCAAGACUGCAGGAUAGAUGAUGUACACUCCUACAAGAAGGGCAGCGUUUUCUGCAUUCCUGAUGAAGCCGAAGUCCGCAGAAAGAGACCCUCACGCCCAAUAGCAAGAGCUCGGGUUCAGUCCUUCCGGGACCCAAAGGCGAUGGCUCGUGUGGCCUCCUUCCUUGAGGGAGAAAGUCAGGAGCGGCGGCGGUCCCAGCAAUCCGAUAGCUUGGAAGAGCUGCCAGAGAGGCCUGAUCUGCUUGACCAAUUGUCAAGGCAAAAGAUGAGCCAACUUCGAAGAGACGCAUGCCAACUCAUGAGAAUGUUUGUCUUUGGGGCUGUAGGCAAUGAGAAUUGCAAAACAAAGAGAGAGAGGGAGAGCGUGUUCUUUGAGAGUUGCGGCACGAAGGAUGACAUGCCAAAGCUCCUGAAAGCGUGGGACAAGAUAGACCCGGAUGAUGCGGGUCGCAUUGAACUUGCUCAAGUGCAGCGCUUUGCGGAUCGUUUGAUGAUCGACUUGGCUGCAGCGCAUAAAUGGCUGGAGAGCAAUGCCCUAGGCGCCCAAGAAGAUCCGCAAAGCAUCUUGAGCCGAAUGCCACCCUGGAUUGCCAGCACAGCUGAGGAGCGCUCCCGCUUUGUCCAGAAGCUUUGCGAACGCCUCACCGCGGCCCUCUCUGCAGCGCGAAAGCCGAGCUUCAGUUUGGAGGACAUGAUGCGGAUCAUUUGGCCUUGCUCCUCUUCCGCGGAUUUGGCACAGAUGUCAGCUUGGUGCGAAGAGAUCAACAACACCCGCGACAAAUGGCAGGUGACUCCACCACCUGUUCUGCCUGCAGAGGCGAAAGAUGCGCUACAGGCAGUGUUCGACUACUUCGACAAAGACGGCGGAGGGAAGAUCUCUGCCAACGAGCUCGUUCUCUCUGGCCUUGUCGACAAAGCUGGUGCAAGUGAUUUCGUGAGGACUGCAGCUGGCCCUACUGGGGAGAUCGGUCUUCGAGACUUUUGCGAGAUGCUUUGUCCGCAUGGCUACCGUGCAACACAAGAGUCCGUGGUUGGCAGCACUGUGCUUGGCCGAGCGGCGAGGUUGGACAAGACAACGGGGACAUGGCGACUGAAGGGCGCGAAGCCCAUUGCUGCCGUGCGCUACCGCUAUAGCAGCUUUGGACGAGCCUCACGGAUGAAGUUGGGCAGCAUUUCGGGAGGCAAAAUAGAAGGCCUAAAGUGAUGAGGAAGCUGUGCCGUUUUUGUCCCGCGCCUUUCGCAUUCCUCCUGAGGAGGUGUGCGAGCAAACCUGUAACAGGUGGUGCAAAAGGGACAAUGUUUGUGUGACCGGGUUUGGUCGCGCCAAGGCGCCAGAAAGGUGAGCGAAGAGGGUG